CGUCCGAAUCAACAUUAGAUUACUUAUCAUUAAUCAUUAUUAGUGACUGAUUAGUGACUAUUUACUAUUAUAGUCAUUGGUGACAUUUAGAUCUACACUUAAGUCUACACUAGUCUAGCUCUGGACUAGAUAGAUCGGUAGUCCUACCUGAUCACAUGAUCAAAUCAUGUCUGAAUGUGCUGUGGAAGAUGUAAAAACUGUUGAAGAUGUCCUAGAUCAAGCUAGCACAACCAGAGCUAGUGCAGACUGUAUAGGUAAUCUUGCUGUAUUUGGGGGACACCCUGAGAUGGAAAUAUCAGAGGACUUAACUGUUUCUGACUCAUCACUCAGUAGCCUUGUGGAAACAAGCUCACACCUGCAAGGAUUAGAACAUGAGAAAACAUGUGUGAGCAGCUUUCCUUCCUCUGAGGAAAACAACCAAGAAAUGCAAAUUGUUCUUGCUGGUGAAGGUGUCGAUCUCUCAGAAAUGGCAAGCAAUAAUAUGAUUAUUCACAAUGCAGUACCAGUUCAAGGGGAAGACAUGGAUACACAAAUUGUCUACCUUAAUCCUGAUGGUACAAUUAGUUUUGAUCCAACGGGGUUCUUAACCACAACUACUACAGAUAAUGCGUCCAGUAUUUCAGAGCCAAGUGACCGGUAUAUGCUAUCCACUGCACUACAAGGUAAUAUCAUCCUUAACUCAAGUAAUAUCCAGUCUAGUGAAAUUACUCUUGGGCCACAUUCUCAGUUGGCUUUUAAAAAUGAGGAUAUGGUAAAUGUAUCAAAGUUUGGUUCGUUAAGUGAGUAUGCACAGCAAACACUUACCAUGGUGAUUGACAAUUCAUCAUCUCUUGGGUCAGAUUACAUCCUCGUUGAACCUAGUUCUUUAGUGGUUGGACAGACUCCAGAAGGCGACAGUGCCAAAAAUUCUCUUGGAAGUUAUCACUCUAUGAAAUCUGCUUUAAUAGAUAUCCCUAGCAUGGCUAGUUGCAGUAUACCUGUCAAUGCUACAGUUGACCACAAACCAACAUUUGAACUUGCUACGUAUUCAGUAAAGUUAGAGGAAUUACCAAUUCAAUGUAGUGCUGAAGGAAACGUUAUUGGAGUUAAUGAACAAGGUGUGGCACAGGGUGCUGGUGAUAUAAUAAGCCCUGAUUAUGGAUCACUGGCAAACAUGCCCAGACAAGGCGAAAUAUUAAAGGAUGAUGGGCAAAGCAUCCAAGAAAAAUCUUUAACAGAAAAACACAAAUCUGAGCUGCGCCAUCUAGAACAAUCACACCUUGAACAUCAUUUGAAACUAACUAAAAGAAAACAAAUUGAAUCUAAGUGCCACAGCUCUGACAUGGUGAGGACUCCAGAUCAUAGUGACUGUGACAGUCAAGAUCAGGAACUAAUUGAAGCUUUGGAAAAGAAUGGAAUUAAUGACAAAACUCCUAUAUUUUCAAGCAUUUCUGCCAAAGUAAAUGCCUCAAUUUUGAAUGUUGUGCCAGGAUGUCAACAUUUCUUACUACAGCAAGCACACAAAUUCAAAGAUGAAUCCACUAGUAUCAUAUUUAAUUCAAACUCAGAUUGCACGUUUAGUGGGGAUAUAAAUUCUUUUAUAAAAUUUCACAAUGAAAUAAAACAAAUUUUAAAAAUGCAACAAACAACUUUUCUAGACACGAGGUUGGAAACUAGUGGCAAACAGCUCAAGGAAGAGAAAGGCAUCCAUUGUGAGCUAUUGCGGCCAUAUAUAUCAGCCCGGGGGCGGAAGCCCAAGUGUUCGGUUAAAGCUUUACAAAUGGGUUUCGUAACAUCCUUGGAAAACUAUUUAAGUAACGAUGGACUGUGGUCACUUGAUGAAGACAAUAAAUCUUAUAGUAGAGGGAGCAGGCAUCUUUAUUCCCAUAGAAGAAAACGAGGUCGCCCCAGAAAAUAUUUACAGAAUACUGAAAAGAAGAUUAAGGUGACAGAAAGAAAUGAGGUAAAACAAGGAUGUCAAGAGAAAGAUGAUCCAGGCUCAUCUAACAUUUCUAAAGAAGGCCAUCUUGAGGAGGGCAAAUCUGAAACUCAGAAAGAUAGCCUGCAGGCUUCAGAAUCCAUUCAAGCUUGUAUCUCUGAGGAACAGAGCAACACUCAAAAUGAAGGGUUGAAAGCAGACAAGAGCGUUAAUGAUGAAGAAGAGCAUUCUGAAAUGAAUCAGAGCUUGGAAAAUAGGAUACAAGAAUCAGAUGUCAAAGAAGGACAAGAGAACCCCUUACCUACAGAAGUGAUGGUUACCAAGAGACGUGGCAGACCUUGCAAGAAAUAUGAUACAUAUUUAACUGUGGAGAAAGCUCUUCCUAGAAAUCCACUGACAGAGUCACUGGCUACAAAACAGCAGAGGAACUAUGAGGAACAUCUGGCGUUCAAAUUCUUCUGUUCCCAGUGUUCCUUCAAGACAAAAAGGCAGAGCCAUUUUCACCUGCACAUGAAGUGCCACAGAGAUGGAACAGAGAGAAAAUAUUCUUGUGGUCACUGUGAAUUUGUUAGCAUAAGUCUUCCUAUGCUGAAACGGCAUGAGCUGAAACAUAAACAAAAUUUAUUUAGGUGUGAAAUAUGUGGAGUUUACACAACAGAUUCUCAGAAACUGCUUCAUCGUCACAUGAGAUUGAAGCACAGCACUGAUCAAACAUUGGAGGAAAAGUUGGCCUGCCAACAAUGUACAUUUACCUGUUUGCGUCCAGAAGAAAUGGCCCAACACCAAGCAGGACAUGAUAGGCUGUCUCAAGCCACGAAUAGCUGUUCCAUGUGUGAGAAAAACUUCAGAAGCAGAAUGCACCUCCAGCGUCACAUAAGAGAUGUGCAUGGUCCUGAAAUACGACCUCAUCUGUGUGACACCUGCGGCAAAGCCUUCAAGAGGACAGAUGCACUCCAACAACACAAGCUUGUGCACAUCUCUAAAUCCGCUCGAAGUUUGCCUUAUAAAUGCAGCAUUUGUGAUAAAGGGUUUCGAUCACAGGCUCACCUGAAGGAACACUCCAGCAUGCACAGUUCAGAACGUCCAUAUCUCUGUCAAUAUUGUGGAGCAGCAUUUAAAACUCAACCAGUACAGAGGAAGCACAUAAUGACCUUACAUCUCCAGCCCAAAAAUCAUGUCUGCAGCGUCUGCUGCAGACAGUUCAAAACCAAGUAUGCUCUUCAUCGUCAUGAGAGUUCCCACAAGGCUGAAACUGAGCCAGCAACAGCGGCAGCCGCCAUUUUGAUUAUUGAUAGUGACAACUGUAAGACAGAAAUUGAUGCUGAAAAAAAUACCCUGUCCAGUUUAGAUGUGUACCCUGUAUCUCUCAAAGGUGCCACAAUCUCAAUGGAUGACCAGGUGUCUACAUGUUUAGUUCAGGACAUAAGAGGGUCAGCAGCCACAGUUAUUGAAGCCCCCUUGGAACAGUCAGCUCAAUGUUUGGAACAAGCCUUUAUUCAAGCACAUUCAGAUGGAACGUUGUAUUAUUUUACUGGAGAGCUUCCAACACUGUAAUAGUUUUUCUAUAGAGUUAAGCAAAACAUAGAACUCUACACUCUGCAGUUUCUUUGAUAUUGGAAGCUUUAUUUACCUUGAAAAGAACGUUGGAAGCUUCACAUAAUAUUGUAGGCUAGCAUUGAAAACUAUUCAAUGGAUACAAUAUUACAGGUCAACUAUGAAAACUUAGAACAUGACAAUUUUCUGACUUUUGCAUUUAAUUCUUUUAUUUUUUUUCCCCCAGUUUUGUUGAGAAUCCCAACUAAUUAAAGACUAGUCAUAAACGACUAAUUUAUUUAAUUUUUAAUGAUUUUCAUUAUGUUAAUGCUAAAUGUCUGUUUCUAUUAUAGAUGUCAAUAUCACAUUUGAAAAGUAAUGCCAUAUUUUUAUUUAUGUUCGUGUUACACAUUCUAAUUAGAAUUAUUUUUUUAAUUAAUAGAAUAUUCUGGUUAGGCUAAAAUGGUAGUACAUUCCAUGCCUCAUCCUGGCACCACCAUGGAAAUGUCUGUUAAGGGAGAGAGAUGACCACCAUGGAAAUGUCUGUUAAGGGAGAGAGAUGACCACCAUGGAAGUGUCUGUUAAGGGAGAGAGAUGACCACCAUGGAAAUGUCUGUUAAGAUGUGAUUAAAUGAUCAUCUAAUCAACGGGGCUACGGAUAGAGGGAUCAGUAAAGACCCAUCUCUCAUAUAUGGCCUUUGGAUAAUAAGGGUCAUAAUAGGGCACAAGUUCGACCCUUGACACUUAGGUUAUACUAAAGAUAAUUUGUUUUAUGUUUAGUUUUUCAAGUUACUAAUUCUAUGCUUCCAUCUUCACAAUCACUAACAUUGUUUUUCUUUUCCUUCAGAAGACAAUUAUAAGAUCUUAAAUCUGUUUUUUGUUACAUGUGCCUUUGAUAAAAUUGUAAGAUUUUUAUUUUACAGUAUUUUUGUACUCUUGGUGUUACUAAGAUUCUCUCCAUACUUUUGUUAUAAUUUUGCCAAAUUAAACAAUUGGGGUUGGCAAUCAUAAUUAUUUUCUUUGUCAUCUUAACUCUUUCUCUCCUAACUGACGAUACCAACGUUGAUUCCACCAGAAUGUAGUAAAUAAUUAUGGAGAGAAAGAGUUAAACAAAUUCUUUCUUUAGUUAUUUUUUAAAUUAAAAAUAAAAUAAAUGGAUUGACCAUUACACACUUUUCAGGAUAUAGUAACAUUUCUACAUUUGUUAAACAUUUCAAGGGUUCUCAUGUACUCAGUAUUUAACCGGCAGGUAAAUACUAGUAAAUUAUAAAGCAAUCUAAAACUACAUAAGAACCUUAUUUUAAGAAUUGAUCACAGUUAAUUGUAAACAUAUUUAAUAAAUUUGAUAUGAACACUCCAAAUUCUUUAUUCAUGCAAUAAAUCUCAGUUUGUCUCACUAAAA